UCGUCGGAUCGACCCGAGCCUGAGCCAGCGCACGAGCCAGCCAGUGACUAGUACACAGUACCUCUUUCAGGAGCAACAAUCUGCCUACAUGGAGUACACACGCCAGGAGACCAUGGCGUGGCAUCAGAGGCUUUAUGAACACCAAGUGCAGAGGGAUAGCCAGAUGCAGCAGGCUUUUCAGGAUAUGGCGGCCGGCAGGUGUCCUCAGUUCCCUACAGCACAAUGCCCUCCAGCACAACCAGUGCUGAUGAGCUUUGAGGAGUUUGUGGCACAGAACGCUGGCCCCUCGCCGGGAACAGGUGGAUCUACCAUUGGCGGUGGUCUUCGCAGCACUCCGGAGACACGGAGCCCGACCACUCCGAUCCACGGAGGCGGAGGAGGAGGCGGUCUUGGCGGUAGCGCUGCCGCUAGCAGUGACGACCUGGGCUUCGGCGGUCUUGGCGGUGACGACCUCCGUGGUGCUCGAUGAUCCUUGUGUGGUGAUGAUGCUUGAGAUGACUUGUGUGUGGUGAUGAUCAUUUAGAUGACUUGUGUGCUUCUCUAUAUGCUUAUGCUUAUGUUGGUUGUGAUGAUGUUCAUUUAGAGACUUGUGUGUGAUGAUGCUUAUGCAUAUAUUGUUGUGAUGGUGCCGGAUGAUAUCCCGUUGUGUUUUAUAUGUCUA